AUGGCCACGACGACGCAGCCGCCCGUCGACGGACUCUCGCCGCCCGCCCAGCAGCAGCAGUCCCAGCCGUUUGAGCUGAACCUGCAGCAUGGCCACAAGGACCUGGUGCAGGCCGUCGCGUUCAACACGUACGGCGAUCGCUGCGCGACAGGCUCCGUCGAUGGCAAGAUCCGCGUCUUCAACCGCCACAAGGACGGCACGUGGCGCAUAUGCGACACCUGGACUGCGCACGGCGGCGAAGUGCUAGAGCUCCAGUGGCUACCUGCCACCGUGUACCCCAACGUGCUCGCCUCGCUCGGCGCCGAGGGAUGGUUCCGUCUGUGGGCCGAGGACCCCUCCGCCGCCCCCGGCCGCCGCUUCUGCGCCGGCCGCACCUCCUCCGGCCGCCCCGUCUUCGACACGCGCUCCUCCCGCGGCGGCGGCAGCAACAACAGCCCCUACCGCUCCUUCUCCAUGAAGCACAACGACGAGACCAAGCACACCUAUCUCGCGCUGCUGACCACCGAGGGCCGCCUGGCCGUGUGGGAGACGGAGCAGGCCGAGGCGCUCAACGACUACGUGCGCAUCGACGAGUUCCUGGUGCUCCCGCAGCGGCCCGCGCGCGGUGAGGAGACCUCCUUCUGCUGCGCCUUCGACCCGAACCCGGAGCCGUGCUACGCCGCCCUGCGCGCCGGCGUGCCCACCGACGCGCUCGGCCUGGCCGUCGCCGCCAUGCGUGUGGUCCGCCUGUACCGCUCACGCGACGCUGUCACUGCCAGCUACGGCGUCGACACCGCCCGCAAGGAGUUCUACCUCGCCGUCGAGGUCGCCGGCCACGGAGGGCUGGUCCGCGAGGUCGCCUGGGCGCCGGGCAACAUCCGCGGCUACGACAUGAUCGCGACCGCGUGCCAGGACGGCUACGCGCGCGUGUUUCGCGUGGACACCCCCGUGGACGGCACCGACCGCACCUCGUGGGCCGAGAGCGCUCUCGUCACGCCCGAGAAGUCGCUCCAGCUGCACCGCGCCGCCGCCAAGGCCGCUGCCGCCGCCGCCGGCACCGCCACCGCGGGCACACCUCUCGGAUCCUCCUCCCCCAGCAAAGACUCGGACGGCACCAGGACGCCGCCGGCGCCGGCGCCGCCACCGCAGAGCCACCACCAGCACCAUCCAUCGAGCCUGAGCGCGAGCUUGGCCAGCAAGGCGGCUGGCAGCGGCAGCAGUGUGGCUAGCUCCUCAACCUCGCGCCUGCGGCCCGCGCAGCAGGGCCAGCCGGGGACGGCGGCGCACACGGUGCGCGAGAUCUCACGCCUGGACAACCACCGCACGCCGGUGUGGCGGGUCGGCUUCGACGACGACGGGCGCGUGCUCGGCACCACCGGCGACGACGGCAAGCUCCUGUGCUACCGCCAGACGCCCGACGGCGCCUGGGCCAAGAGCUCGGAGAUGAUCAUGAUGAAGACACGGAUGGCGGCGCCGUGA